AUGGAUGAUACGCAAGACAUAAGCGAGCUCGCUCGUGAACUGUCGGAUCUUGAAUUAGCUCUUCUCCUGUGUUUGGGCGGGCAGGAACACUGCUUGAUUGAAGCUACUGGGGGCAACAUUAAUGACGUUGCUGCGGAACUCGCCUUGAUCUGCUCGCAUACAUAUGGUCUUGUGUACAAAGUUGUGGAAUUCUCAGAUACCACAUCUUUUGGAGAGUUUUGUGAUCAAAUAUGUGCCUACCCUCGCAAGGAACCAGGGGCCGCAGUGGAAUACAGCACUGUUGAUGUUGUUAUUGCAAAAAAUUUCGACUGUGCGUCUGAGAACAUACAGCUUGAGGCCCUAGAGUUGAUGCGAUCGAAGAAGCUGGCGAUGGGGAACGAUGCCAUCGAAGCCCCGCCACACUUCUUAUUUGUCCCUGUUGUAAAACGCGAUCCAGGGCAGGUUCGGCCGAAGCUCAAUUCCCAUCUAAACGAUAACCUUCUUAUCUCACAUUUCCACGACUCCGAAGACGGCUACGUGUAUUUAGAAGAUGAUGAUUGGCAAUCUGAUGGACAGGUAUCCCUGUCCUCGGUCAUUCAUAGAACAGGAUCCCGCGAGCACAAUCGACAUCCAAGCAUCGGCCAUGAGCUCCUGGAUAGGCUCCAGAGCGCCAGCAAAGCAGUCAAAGCUACUGCAGAGCUCAUCCGCUAUCAACAGGACAUUGUCGUCUUCCUUCGGCUGAGCCGUGCUGUUGGGGGUGGCGUUUCCGCGCGAUCGAACAUCCAAUUCACAAAACUUGCCAAAUUCCUCGCUGUCAUUCACGGUGUUGACUAUCUCACGCCGUCGAUCGUGGCGCUCGCGGCUAAAAAGGUCUUCCGCCAUCGAAUCGUCGUGGCGAGGCCCGAGGAUGAUCGCAGUUUGCAAUACGGGAGUGACUUGAGGGCUGUGACGAAGGUGUUGGAAUAUGCGACUCCGGAUACAAUACUUGAGAGUGUGCUUACGCUGGAGGCUCCUCUAUAG